AUGGCUAUGCCCAUGCUGGCCUUGUCUGCCGCCACGCUUGCGGUCUUCGCUCUGGGAUCUUCAGCGCCCAUCGAAGAAGGCUCUCCGGUCGAGUCUGUGCGCUGGACACCAAGUGGGGCAGCUCUGAUCUCGGGGUCCGAUGACCUUACCGUCCGGGUUUGGAAUGCCAGCACGGGGAAGAGCCUACAGAUCUUAGCCGGGCACACGGACACGAUUUGGUCUGUCGCCUCGAGCCCAGAUGGCAAGCAGAUCGCUUCAUGCAGUGCAGACCUCACUGUGCGAAUUUGGGACGUGCAGUCGGGAAAGUGCUUGCACACCCUUGUGGGUCACACAGAUGAUGUUCGGGCAGUGGCCUUCCGCCCAGAUGCUAAGACUGUGGCCUCAGCAGGUUGGGACCACACCAUCAAGGUUUGGGAUGCCAGCACCGGGAAGUGCUUGCAGACCCUCACUGGUCACAAGAAGGAUGUCUGGUCUGUUGCUUACAGCCCGGAUGCCAAGCAUAUCGUCUCAGGCAGCGCCGAUCGUUCGAUUAAGAUCUGGGACCUGGCUACCGGGAAGUGCCUUCAAACCCUGAAGGGUCACAAGGACUACCUCCGGUCUGUGGUCUACAGCCCAGACGGUAAGCAAAUCCUAUCCGGGAGCGAUGACCAGACCGUCAAAAUUUGGGAUGCGACUGAGGGGACCUGUCUCAUGACUCUGACGGGACACAGCUACUAUGUAUGGUCUGUCUCUUACAGCCCAGAUGGCAAGCGCAUUGCCUCGGGAAGUUGGGACCAGACCAUCAAGAUAUGGGAUGCUCUGUCUGGAAAGUGUUUGCAGACCCUGAAAGGCCACACUGACGUGAUAGAUUCCGUAGCAUACAGUCCAGAUGGCAUGCACGUCGCUUCGGGUAGCGACGAUGGCUCCAUCAGGAUAUGGACAGUGAGCACUGACUCAAGUUUUGAUGCCACAGGCGGAGCAGACUUCAGUCUUGAAAUCACACCCCAAAGUGUACACAUGGCAUUGACAGCCCCGCUUGGCAAGGAUGUGGGGCCUAAGGCUCAAGAGGCACAGCAGAUGCCCAUCAAGAGCAAGACCACGGGGAAAGGUGAGGAGAUCCUGGUUUGA